AUGUCCAAGUCACGUAUGCCUCUUGUCCUCGGCCUCGGUGCCGCAGGCGGAAUCGGGUACUACCUCUACAACGCAGGUGGCUCCCCCAAAGCCGCAGAGAAUAAAUUCGAAAGCGAUGUCCACAGCGCGGCCGCCAAGGUCAAGGACCGUCUGCCUGGUAGCAAGCCCGAAGCUGAGAAGAAGCUGGAGGGCUAUGGAGCCGAGGCCGGUGCCAAGAUUGAUAAAGCUUUUGCCGAUGCCGACAGAAAGGCUGGCAACAUCAAGAGCCAGACUGAAUCGUACGUCAAGGACGCCAAGGCUGAGGCUAUCAAGGCUGUCGACAAGUUUGACAAGAAGGUUGAGGAUGGUGCUGCCAAGGCCAAGAGUGGUAUCUCGGGGUGGUUUGGUGGUGGUAGCAAGUGA